AUGUCUGGCACGCGCGAAACUGGUGCGAUUCUGGGAUGGCCUUCCCAACGAUCUGUUAUCGUCUGGGGAAACAAUAUCGAUGUUGCCAGCUUUAAAGUGACUAGCGGCCCGGGGGGCCCUGGUUGCUCUCUGGGAUCUAUAAACUCCCUUUCUCCAGCAACUCCCAGGCAUGCCGAUUCAGCCCGCAGAAACGGAGUUGGUUCAUGGUUCAUCAGGCGAUCGCACGAGAAACGAAUACGCACAGACGAACCCAGGCUUCUUACCGAGGCUUUUCCUUCCUUUUCAACCCCAGGUUUCGAACGCAUAACUAUACGGAGUAUACACAACUGUCAAUUAGCAUAG